AUGUCUUCAAUGCGUUCGCUUUUGAGCACGCGAGCGCAACUCUUGUGCAGAUCAAGCAGCCACAAGAUCUCAUCUUCAUCACGACGAUGGUAUCCUGCCGCCAACGAUAUAGAAGGCAUGCUCCAGGAGAAAGAAAAGUGGGAGAACGUUCCAGGUGACAUACGAAAACUGGCAGUAUUCGCAGAACAUGCUCGCGCACACAACUACCAGAUUCCUCUUCUAUCCAAGGCUCAACACGGCGAUUUUGAUCAGAAGAAGGCAUACCACAUUGCAUCAGCCAUUCGAAAGCUGCGGGAGAUGAACGGUGAAGUUGUGGCCGGACGAAAAAUCGGCUUCACCAACCGGAACAUCUGGCCUGAGUAUGGAAUCGAUGCGAGCAAUUGGUCAUAUGUCUAUCAGAACACCGUCGUGGACCUACCGGAGAAGAACGAGCUGAGCGAAGGCAAGGUUGUGCUCGCCAACAUAACUCAUCUCAACGCGAUGGAACCUAAGAUUGAACCCGAGAUCAUCUUCGGGCUGAAGAGCACCAUUACUUCUUCCAUGAGCGAUGUGGAGCUGUUACGCAGUAUAGACUGGGUAGCCCAUGGCUUCGAAAUUGUGGCUUCGAUCUACCCGCAUUGGAAGUUCACCGCUGCAGACACGACUGCGGGAUUCGCACUUCACGGCCUGCUGCUUGUUGGACCAAGGCUGUGGCUGAAGAAUGGACAUGAUGAAGAAGCUCUACUAGACAGCCUCCGCAACUUCAAGGUCGAAUUGCUGCGCAAUGGCGAGAAAGUCGACCAAGGAAUGGGUAGCAAUGUACUCGGAAGCCCAAUCAAUGCACUUCGACACCUAGCCGAGCUGCUGGAGAAGGACGAAUUCAACAACACCGUCGAAGCUGGAGAGGUUGUUACUACAGGGACAUUGACUCGAGCGUUGGAAAUCAAGAACGGUGAUCUGUGGUCGACGAAGCUUGAAGGCAUCGAUCUACCUGGUCUGGAAGUUUCGUUCAAGCUGCAAUAA